AUGCAGGCAAUAAAAGGACCAUAUGCAAAUGACACAGCCAAAUAAAGUUCAAGCAACUGGUGGCAUUGCAAAUUUGUAUAUUUGAGAAAUAAUAUUCUUUUGCCUCUUAACCAUGGCAUCUCCACAGCAAAGAAGUAGCGAAGCUGAGCAAAUUUUGAUGUCUAAGGGUGGGUGGGCACAAUGUGAACAUUGCAAGGCGAAACUGUUAUCAUGUAGUGUAAAAUAUCAUGAGAAAAUAUGUCCAAUGGCACUAGAUGCCAAUCCAGAUCCAAUAAUAUAUAAAGCAAGGACAUGCAUCAAAAAGGCUAAAGAUACACACAAAAGUAUUACUGAAAUUCAAGAGCAAGAUACUGUUGAUAAGGCUGCAAGAGUCGAUGCAGCAUUGCAAGAUUUAAAGUCUCUAAAAAAAGAUGGAGAGUUUCUCAUUAAGGUUUCAGAACAGGAGAGGGAUAAGUUUGCCACACAGGAGCAACAGUAUGAAAAAGAGCUUGAGUCUUUAACCAAAGAAAAAGAAAAAUACGAGAAGGAGAAAAGGGAGAAAGAGGCACAGAAAAACUCACUAGAAGCACAAUUGCAUACUUUGACAGCCAAUCAAGAUAAUUGUCAAAGAGCAUUUAAUGAUGCUCAAUCAAGAAAGAUUGAGGCUGACAAUAGCUUGAAAAAAGCGAGAGACAAACUAGAGAAAGAAAAGAGGGAUAAGGAACGAGCACAAGGUACUGGUGCAUUUUUUGGUGCAGUUGUUGGAACACUUGCAUUUCCACCUCUUGGAGGAGUGGUUGGAGGAGCACUUGGAGCUGGUGUUGGAACUGCAGUAGCUAACAGUGAUGUCAAAUCGGCAGAAAAUCAUGUUUCUGAUUGUCUGAAACAGUUUUCAAGUGCUGAGAAUAGUUUAAAUUCUGCCAGAAAUUCCCUACAAUCAUCAAUUAAUCAAUGUCAAGUAUCUAUCACUCAAUGUGAUAAAGAAUACAAAGAAUGCCAUGUGAAAAUUAGCUUUAUCAAGAAAUUAUUAACAUUUCUAUUAGAUGCUAUUUGCUUUUGGGGUAUUUUCAUUAAUGAAUCUAAAAAUGCUGAAGAAGAAACAAGCCACCUUGAAGAAAUUAUAAAAAUAACAGAAGAAAAAAAAGAGUAUGACCUUAUUUUAUCUGAUGGAACUAAAAUAUCAGCAAACUCAUUUCUGGAGGCAUGGGAAAAAUUUGCAAAGCAUGAAAAGCUAAUAGUUGCUUCUACUGAUGAAAGUGAAACUCAUCCACAGCCUCUACCUGCUGCUAAUUAGAAUUGCUACUACAUGUACAUGUACAAGUAGGUAUAAUGUUAACUAUAAAUAUUACCAAUAGAGUAGAUGACUUUUGUUUAUUUGUUACAAUUGUUUAUACUAUUUGUGCUAAUUCUAGUAAUUUUUCUAAGCUUUGUAUGUAAUUUAUCUUGAGUUAAUAAUAA